UGUUAAUUGAGAGGGGCUGGCAGUGGUCUCGCGCAGCUCCGAGGUCUGUUUGUCAGAGGAAGCUUUGUGUGCGCGACAGGCAGGGAUGCCUGGUUUCCGGUAACAAAGUCGGGACGGCUCGCCUCCGGGAGUCGUGGAAAACUACAGCGCGCGUAGACUUUUACACGGCUGUCUUCAGUGCAACCGGACCGAGCAGAGGAGAAUGGCUAGGCGGUCUCGCGGGAGCGAACAGCUGCGAGCAACCUUGUUCACGGAACCGGGCUGCCUUCACGCUCACAUCUGAACACGAUGACUUGGAGUUGAGCAGAAGUUGUGUUGCGCGUGCAGUUUUGUGCUCUGUGCUGAGAGCUCGAGACAGUCGCUCGAGAUAUGGCUUUGUCUUUGAGGAGUUGGGUCGCCAACGAAGGAAGCAAGAACAUUCUGUUGGUAGUGUGGCUGACUGUGAAUGCUGUUGUGUUCUGGAGAACCUUCGCACUCUACUCCUACGGGCCUCAGUACCAUUAUCUACAUCAGAUUCUAGGGAUGGGCCUGUGUGUGAGUCGAGCGUCGGCCUCUCUGCUGAAUCUGAACUGUUGUCUGGUGCUUCUGCCCAUGUGCCGAUCCCUCCUGACCCACCUUAGGGGCACACACAAGGUUUGGGCACGUAGUGGGCGGAGGCUUCUGGACCAGAGUAGGAGUUUCCACUCGGCAUGCGGCACAGCAAUCUGUGUGUUCUCAGUGAUCCAUGUAUCAGCACAUCUGGUGAAUGCUAUAAGUUUCUCUGUGAAGUUCUCUGAUGAAUUCCCCUCUCUCAAUAUGGCACAAUACAGAGGCCAGGAUCCCAGAAUUAUCAUACUAACAACAGUUCCAGGGGUCACAGGGGUGUUGAUGGUUGUCAUCCUCUUCCUGAUGUUCACUGCAUCCACACACUGCAUCAGGAUGAGCAGUUAUGAAGUAUUCUGGUACACACACAACCUCUUCAUUCUCUUCUACGUUAUACUCAUGGUGCAUGCGGUCGGGGGCGCUCUGAAGUACCAGACCAACCUGGACACACACACACCAGGAUGCAUGCCAACCAACCACAGCAGUGCGGAAGAUACCUCAACCAAUCAGGAGAGGGAACUGGAGGAUUGGCAACAAAGGGAACCAAUCUGCAGAGAGGAGGCCCAAUUUCAGUCUCACUUUCCAGAGACAUGGCUGUGGGUCCUGGUUCCUCUCUGUGUGUACUGUACAGAGCGAGUGUGUCGCUACAUCAGAAGCCGCACGCCUGUCACCAUAGUUACUGUUCUCAGUCAUCCCUGUGAUGUCAUCGAAGUCCGUAUGCUGAAGGACGGCUUCAAGGCCAAACCAGGCCAGUACGUCCUGUUGAACUGUCCCAGUGUGUCGUCAUUUGAAAACCAUCCCUUUACUCUCACAAUGUGUCCAACAGAGAAGAAAAGGACUUUUGGAAUCCAUCUGCGUGUUGUUGGAGACUGGACAGAGCGCUUCUCCCAGCUGCUUUUCCCUGAGGUCUCGUCUGGUGACCACAUCCUUCCCAUGAUGCAACAGAGGAACUUUCCCAAGGUGUGUGUAGACGGUCCAUUCGGCAGCCCCUCGGAGGAAGUGUUUGGCUAUGAGCAGAGUUGUGUGUGUUUGUGUGUCUGUGUGUGUGUAUGUGUGUGUGUGUAUGUGUGUCUGCUCCAUGCGCUCCUUGAAGGCUGGAGUCAGUACAAACUGAGGAGGCUGUACAUUGUGUGGGUGUGUAGGGAGCUGCAGUCAUUCUACUGGUUUGCAGAUCUGUUGUGUUCUCUACAUCACAAGCUUUGGCAGGAGAAUUGCCCUGAUUACCUGAACAUCAGACUCUACCUCAGCAACACGUCAGAUUUACAGCAUCUAUGUGAGGAGCGGUACCAAGCCCUCAGGUCUCGGCUGGUGAUUGGCCGUCCAAAGUGGAAGCUGUUGUUUGACGAGAUCGGCAGAACCAAUCAGAAUAAGCGUGUGGGGGUGUUCUGCUGUGGACCACGGGGGAUGUCACAAGCCUUACACACACUCUGCAACUCCAAUCAACACACACACACCACCUUCGAGUUCAACACAGAGACCUUCUGCUGA